AUGACAUUUAAUUGCAGCUCUCAAGCUUUUAAGAACAUCGAUCUCAUCGCAAAGACCAUCAAAUACACAGGACAUGUCAAGAUGGCCAAAUUAAGCGAAGAGUACUUUGAUUUGGUACGACAAGCAGUACGAGAAGAUAAUCACAAACCCAAGCGUAAAAAACGUAAACUUCCAAAGUAUGAGGAACUACAGAAUGCGCCAGGGCCAGCCAGUAUCGUUGUAACUUUAGAUUCCGAUGGUUCCGAUAACGAAACACAGCAGAAAGACGAAACACGAGAGCAAGACGAUCUUACGCAGGAAGAAGACGAAGACUUCAACUCCGACGAUUUUGAAGACAUUUCGGACUUAGAGGAGUCGGGACAGCCAGUAUCCAAAGACAUUUCUGUGACGCUAGACACUAGGAAAGCCGAACCCAAGUCUAAGUCGAAGGCCAAGAACGUCAUAUCCAAUGAUGAGCGGAAGUUCCGCAGGUAUUUCCACAUGCUACAUUUGCUCACGCUUAUGGUUCAUGGCUUUACUCGCAACAACUGGCUGAACGACCCUAAACUACACAAGAAACUAUCCAAGCUAGUACCCGACGACGUUUUUGAACUGCUACAUCCGAAAAAGGACGACGAACUACCGCUGAGAAGCACGCGCAAAUUGCUGGAUGGAUUGAAAAAAUGCAUGGAGAUCUGGUGGAAGCACUUUGACCAGAUUACGAGAGUAGAGACUCGUGGUCUCUACAUGAUGGGCUGGGACGAACUCGAUGGUCCUUGGGAACAGCCGGCUCGGUACAUGUCCCAGAAACUGUUCAACAAAAAGGUAGCGCUCGGAAAAGGCAGUUUGGAGGUAGGAGCUCAAGGUUUCGUGGCAAUGUUGAGGGCUUGUGGGGUCAAUGCGCGGUUAGUCUUGAAUGCUCAACCGCCAGACUUUACAAACAACAAAAUAGUCGGCCAAAGUGAUGCAAAGAAACCCGGUGAAUACCUGGUAGAUCCAGCAAAUAAACAGGCCACACGAAGACGGUGGAAAUCAAAAUCCAAGCAAGUGGAAUUAGAUCAAGAUAGGUAUUCGAUUUUUUGGUGUGAGGUUUGGGAUAAAAUAUCAAAAAAAUGGAUUACAGUGGAUCCGAUGGGUCAAAAAACCAUUGAGCAGAUCCGUUACAAAACCGCUCUGGAGCCUCAAGGUAAAGCUAGGCAAAACAACGUUUUCAGAUACAUCAUUGCUUAUGACCGUAAGCAAGGUUGUAGAGAUGUUACUAGAAGAUAUACAAUCAAUUUCAAUUCGAAGACACGGAAAAGGCGAGUCACCAAGGACUCGGACGGAGAACAGUGGUACAAUAAGGUUUUGCAGCGGUUACAAGGUCGGAAAAGAACUCGCACUGAUGAUUUAGAAGAUUCUUAUUUCAGACAGCGAGAUGAGAGCGAGGGUAUUCCGGAUAACAUGCAAGACCUUAAAAGUCACCCAUUCUAUGUUCUAGAAAACGAUCUGAAAUGGAACGAAGUCCUAAAAACUGGAUGCAAGCAGUGCGGGUUUUUGAGGACCAAAAAUAACAGUGCAAGCUUGAAGGUAUUCCGGAGAGAAGACAUAUUGGUUCUUAAAACUGCAAGAGCAUGGUACACAGAGGGACGUGUGUUAAAGCCAGGUGCCAAAGCCUUAAAAACUACAAAAUCGCGCGAUUUCAAGACCGGUGAAGCGACGGAGGAAAGACUUUAUCCUAUAGAUCAAACGGAUUUGCUUAUACCGAAACCCCUAGGGCCAAACAAGGAAGUUCCCACCAACGUUUAUGGAAACAUUGACAUCUAUACUAAUAGCAUGAUUCCAGAGGGGGCUUGUCUUAUCGAAAGCCCCGUGGCAGUUAAGGCAGCUGCAUUUCUCAGGGUUGAGUUUGCCAAAGCAGUGACUGGAUUUAAAUUCGAAAAGAAAAGAAUCGUCAAACCACAGAUAACUGGGAUUGUCGCCGCCCAGGAAUAUCGAGAAGCUAUUGAGCUUAUGAUUGAUGGGAUCGAGUACUCGAAUGAGGAGGACAAGAGGCAGGAGAUUGAACUGGAAUCAUUGCAGCACUGGAAUUUAAUGCUUGCUAAACUGAGAAUCAAGCAAAGGCUAAUUUCGAGCCAUGGAAAAGUAACUGGUACUCAAACAACCGCUUGGGGCGAUGAUGAUACGUCGGUAAUAGGUAAUGGUAGUGAAAAUGACAUCGAAGAAGAAGAAGAAGACGACGGAGGUUUCGAGGCAGGUGGUUUUCUGCCGGACGCGGCCGGCUAUGUUCCCGAAACAGCAGGUCUUGGUCCUAAGUCAAAGCUGGGUGAGAAAAAUGACGAUGAUUUAAAUUCGCAGGCUGGUGGUUUUGAGCCGCAAGCUGAUGACUUCGAAUCUCAAAUUAGUGGUCUUGAAUCGCAACCUGGUGGUUUCGAGCUGCAAGCCAAUGAGUUCGAAUCGCAAGCUGGCGAUUUCGACUCCGACACCAUAAUGACGGGAACACCAGCCGAAGACAUUAGCACUUCAAACAAGAAUUCUUCGGAGGCCCCGCCAAAGGAAAAGACAGUGGAUGAGUUUGAUGACUACGAAGACUUUAUGAAAAACAUGGUAAAUGAAGAAAGCGAGCCCGGAAGUUCGACCAAUACUGACUCCGAUUUUAAUUACGAAUCUGAAUAA